CAUCGUUUUUGUUUAUUAAAAAUUUAAUUGAAAAUAAAAAAGUUCACGGAUUUAAAGCCGAGUCAAUGCUCACUAAACUCUCGCUGAAUAUCAAAGAGCCGUCCGAAACACUAUUUGACGAAUACUUUCAACUCUGCACGAGUAUUGCCGUUCAGGAAUCGGCUCGACUCAAGAGGACGUGUUAUUUGACAUUCAGUGCACUCGUAGGCAAAGAAUGCGUUCAACGAUUCAAAGCCACACCAAAGCAUACACACAGUCAUCACCGAAAGGAGCAUAAAGUGUCCGAUAAUAGUAAACAUCAUUGCAAUCCAGAAGUUGCCGGAAAAUACUAUAAGUUACUAAUAUCGCAAGAAUUUGGACCAGAAAUCACUACUAAAGACACGAUUUUGUUGUUGAAAACUAUUGGAAAUCUAAAGCCCAAAGAAGCGAUUCCUUUCCUUAAGGCAUACAUCAGGAGCUCUCACACGCAUUACAUUCGGUCGACUGCUAUCUGGAAACUAAUGGGAAUGGCGUCCAACUAUCCGGAAGAAGUCCGAUCCGUUUGUGUUCCUGUGUUUUAUAACAGAUCCGAAGAGCAAGACUUAAGAAUAGCGGGUCUAUUGGGUUGGCUAUCGUCUGGACCCAGUUUUGCACAGUUGCACUUGAUUGCGAAACAACUGUUGAUUGAAGACAAUCGCCAAAUAGUGAAUAUGGCCUACACUUCAAUCAAAUGGUUAUCAGAGUCGGAACAUCCCUGUCAUAAGCCAUUUGUUAAGGACUUGCAGUCCGUUUUAUGGCUAUAUAAGAUUGCAUUUGACAGACAGGGCGGACGACAAUACGGAAUCGGAGGAAUACAACACUUGAGUAUAAUCGCCAGUAAUAGGAGUUAUGUCCCGAACUCAGUCUACAUAACAUUCAGCGAUUUCAUUGCCGGACAAUCAUUUGAAACGUUUAGUCUCACAAUACAGAGCUAUGGACUCGAAAAACUAAUCGACCGUUUCUUCGGCAAAAAAGGGGUGGUUUGGGGCAAAAACAGUGUUUUUGAUGUAUUCAAAAAGCGGACCGUUAGGGACACCAACCCAGUCGACGAUGAGCUUAAACUUAUCGAUGAAAACAUGCAUUUUGAAAAUCGAGAAUCGGAGAUAAUAAUUGGCGACAUAUCGCUAUAUAGUCAGGGAUAUACUAUCGCUUAUAUCGAUUUUGAUGAACAACUCUUCUCAUAUUUCACGCAAUCGGAGAACCGUAUAGUUGUCCUGCGGUCUGAAGUGGGAAUUCCGUAUUUCUUUGAAUACAAGACUUUAACGCAAACUAAUCUGAUUAGCAAUAAAUUGAGUUUCGGAGUACAGCCGGCGCUCUUCAGCCAAGACCGCGAUAAUAGACCGCCGACUGAACUCAGGCUUAACACCGACUUUAAAUAUGUCUCAAAUUCACACAAAUAUGCCAUAACUGGCAUACUUUUGCCGGUCACCACAACUAAGGAAAAAAGUUAUUUGAAAGACUAUUUUGGUUUUGGAUUAAGUAUUGACGGAAGCGUUCGGAAGACUGAUAAAAGCGAAUGGUUUCGACUCUUCACUGAAAAGUCUUGGCCUCAAAGGAUUACGUUAUACCGAAUGCAACCGAUGGCUAAUCCCUAUGAAAUGCGAGUGAGAACUACGGCAUUGGCAGAGAAUGCGUCCACACAGUUGUCAAUAACGAUCUCUUCAGACCAUAAUAUGUCAGACAUAAGCGAUUUGAUUGCUUUCAGCGCUGAUGAAGACUCGCAUUUCAAAGAUUACACAUCACUUAAGCAAAAACGAGCCAAAAAUCAUUCAUUAAAUGUAAAGAUCUCCAGUUUGGGAAGCAUUGAGCGAACAGUAAACGCCAGAAUUCAAUACAUGUACUCCAGGGACAGACUUUUACAUAAAGUGAAUGUCUAUUAUGACAGAAGUCCGGCUAAUGAUAAUGGAUUCAAAGUGUGUGCCGUCGCGUCAAUGAUGUUUCCCGGCUAUGAUUUAAAUAAAUUUGUAAAACUAGACACUUUUGAUUUGGACCACACCGUCAACACCACCACCAGAAUAGCAUUCGGACAGAACUGCAACAAUCGCUCAAAAAUCAAUUUUAUGGCACAAUUGUCUCAAACGGAUGAACAGAAAAUGUUUGAGAAAAACAGGGAUAAAGUGAAUGACGAAAAACCCAAUCCAUACGCGAAUAAUUAUAACUAUUGUCUCAAUUCAUUUAAAUUCAAAUACGACUCCUUUCCCUAUUGUCACCGAUAUCUGUACCCAAUAACGCAAAUGAGAAAACUUGUCUUUUCAAUAGAUUACGAGAAUAUAUCGCACAAAGUUGCAAAUAAUACCCAAAAAUUGUGGCAAUUCUUGAGCCGUAAACAAAGUGUAUAUUCAGAUAUGAGCUUUAGGUACGGAAACGCAACUCCCGGUCACAUAGACUUUGAGAGCAAUACAUCGGUUUCGACACAGAAAGUCGAUUACAAGCUAACGGCUCCCUAUUAUACACAGCAUUAUAAAGAUGUUCCGCUUCCACAAUAUUUAAUGCCUGUCUUUACCUUUCCUUUACAUGAUUUACAAUACCAUCGAGUGCUCAGAAAAGUUGUCAAAAACCCAAACAUUGUGCAGACCUUUGAUAACGUAUCGUAUAGUUUGCCAAAUAUUGAUUCCGAGUGUUUUGCUGUCGUUUCCAAAGAUUGCUCAGACGAACACAACUUUUUGAUUUUAGCCAAAAGGCAUAACGAGAGAUCAGAAAUCAAAGUAUAUUUGGGCCACAAAUAUAAGAUUGAAUUAAUUCCUGCAGAACAGGGAUUAACAGUUCGCGUGAACGGCGAGAAAGUAGUCGUCACUGAAACGGAUCCGUUUGAAUUAAAUGCCAAAAUUGGCGAUAAAGACAUUGAAUUAUUUGUUAUUACAUACAAUGGACUGUAUUAUGAAUUGAAUUCAGAAGAAUAUGGCAUAAGUGUUGGCACAGAUGGCUAUGGAUUCAGGACAGGAGCCCAACGAUACUAUUCGGGAAAAUUGUGCGGAUUAUGCGGUGAUAAUAAUGGAGACGCGACUCACGAGUACAGGGCUUCCAAUGGAAGAGUAUUUUUAAAUUCUGAUCCAUUUUCCUAUAGUUAUGUAUUGAAAGAUGACAACUGUGUGCCGUCUAAUGAUUGGCAAACUGAUAAUCAAAUUAUUUAA